GGCAAGGUCGAUUCCGAACUAGAUGGAAUUGAAUACGCGCCCGUGUAGUUAGCGCAGUGUCCGAGUUGAUUUGACUGAGUAAAUCGUACUUAACCUGGUGGCGAUCGCGGUUUAGUCGUGAAAAAAAUCCAGCGCGUAAAUUAUUAGUGUGAGGACGAUGUGGUUUUGAAAAAUGACCGCCAAAAUAUCGAUCGACGCAGCUUUAACGUCGCUUUUUCGAUAGUUUUAUUUUAUUCGGAGGCGAGAAAAACUUUGGAAAUGGCAAACUCGGAGGUCCACACGACCAUACAUAAAUUCGAGACGAAGAAAAGCUCCGCCAUCAGUAUCAGACGUUAUCCUGAGUCGGUGGAAAAGAUUUCGGCCAUGCUGGCACGCGCACACAGGGGCUCCUUCCAGGAACCCCACCACCACCACUACCCACCUGUUGACGUGCCGUUAAAAGUGUCGAAAAGUUCUCAACACACGUGCGGCAGUUUGUACGCGAAUUGCGGUUGCCGUGAUGAUCCCGACAGACAAUCACUCGUUCACACUUAUUCGAAUGAUACGCACUGUGCAACCAAAAGAGCUUCCAUACCGAAUCCAAUCGGAAAUUAUCCCAAAAUCGACGAGAAACGGUUGUCCAGUCCCGAGUUGGACCUUUCGCGGGUUGCCAAACAUCCGAAUGUGUGCUUGAAACUGAAAUCUCCUUCCACUCCUUCUUCCACGAUCGUCAAGGCGAACGUAUUCCUUCACCAUCCGGAGAUUAGUUUUCCCAUUCCGUUAGAGGUGCCUCGCGAGGACUACGAUAAUAAGUCCUUUCCUGCUCAUUUGCACCCGGAAAUAAAAAGCAAGCCGGAGCCUCAAACACCACCAGUCAAAGCGACGCACAAAGACGAAGAGGCGGAAAAGUUUCUUAAGGAGUUCGGAAUAUUCGGACCGAUGGGUAACGGAAUACCGACGACUUUUCGAAGGAAUUCGCGGAGUUCGAUCGAAGACAACACGAUAAAUCAGAUUCGCAGAAACUCCAAGACGUUGGAGUUGAGAGCGCGGAAAUUUUCCGAGUCGCACGAGGAGUACGAACACUUGAAAGCGAUAGUUGCAAGGUUAAAGAAAGACUUGACGGAACUGGAGUCGAAGUAUGAGGUCACACAGAACGAUUUGCAUGAGACGAAGAACCUUCUGAAUGUUAAGGAGAGUCAGGUCGUGAAACUUCAAAGGGAAGUCAAUAAAUUAAAGAGCGUUCUUCAUCAAACAGCGCCAUGUCACCAAACGGGCGAAGAUAUCCUGACGAGCAUUCAAGAACAACACGCGAUGGCCAACCGUAUACCCAUCCAGGGCCAUUCGCCUACCAACCCCACCAACCACUUAAAGAAGCAAGGCGUUUCAGCAGAAUCCAGCGAAACAGUUGUCCAAGCUAGCGAUAUCAGGAUUGCCAAAUUCGAGAAAGAUUUCCGCUCAAAGCAACUCAUCAAAGAUGCGAUCAUGGACAACGCUUUCCUCAAGAACCUAGACACGUCUCAGAUUCGCGAAAUUGUGGAUGCCAUGGAACCAAAAGAAUUUCGUUCUGGUUCGUAUGUGCUGAGACAGGGAAACGCUGGGAUACAUCUUUUCGUCUCUGCGGAAGGAGAGUUCGAAGUUAUACAGGAUAGCAAAAUUCUCGGACAUAUGGGCCCGGGAAAAGCAUUUGGGGAAUUAGCCAUCUUGUACAACUGUACCAGGACAGCUUCCAUUAGAGCCAUAACUGACUCGAAAGUGUGGAUGCUCGAUCGAAAAGUGUUCCAACAGAUCAUGAAGCGAACAGGGCUGCAAAGACUGCAAGACAAUAUCAACUUCCUCAAAUCCGUGCCGUUGCUCGAGAAUCUCAACAGCGACGUUUUGGCCAAAAUCGCUGACGUCCUCGAAGUGGAAUUUUAUCCUGCUGGCGCAUACAUAAUAAGACAAGGUGCCAGCGGGGAUACGUUUUUUAUCAUCAGCAGUGGAAGUGUCAAAGUUACUCAACGAUUGCCAGGACAUUUGGAAGAAGAAGAAAUAAGGAUCCUUCAAAGGGGCGACUAUUUUGGCGAACAGGCCCUUCUCAAAGAGGACUGCAGGACGGCCUCUAUCAUAGCGCUGUCGCCUGGAGUGGAAUGUCUCACCUUAGACAGGGACUCGUUCAAUCACCUCCUAGGCAGUUUGAGCGAAAUUAAAGAGAAAGAUUACGGCGACAAUCAGCGCAUAAACAGGCCAAUGGCUUCCGAACAACAAGAAUACGAUUACAUUGAACUGGACGACCUGGAUGUCGUGGCGACCUUGGGUAUUGGUGGUUUCGGAAGAGUUGAAUUGGUGCAGUACGUUAGAGACCCUACGUUAACUUUCGCACUCAAGUGCCUGAAGAAACAGCACAUAGUCGAUACUCAGCAGCAGGAACAUAUCUACAGCGAGAGGAACAUCAUGCUGUCGUGCAGAAGUCAAUUUAUCUGCAGAUUAUACAGAACGUACAAAGACGCGAAGUACGUGUACAUGCUGUUGGAAGCGUGCCUCGGUGGCGAAGUCUGGACGAUACUGAGAGACAGGGGUUGUUUCGAUGACCACACUUGCCGGUUUAUAGUGGCUUGCGUGACGGAAGCGUUCGAAUAUCUUCACAAUCGCGGUAUCAUUUAUCGGGACCUGAAACCGGAGAAUCUGCUGCUGGACUGCCAAGGUUACGUGAAACUCGUGGAUUUCGGAUUUUCGAAACGUUUGGGGUAUAGCAGCAAAACGUGGACGUUUUGCGGCACCCCGGAGUAUGUCGCCCCCGAAACCAUUUUGAACAAGGGCCACGACAGGGCGGUGGAUUACUGGGCCCUCGGAAUUCUCAUGCACGAAUUGCUGACCGGCAAUCCACCUUUUACUGCGUCCGACCCGAUGAAAACGUACAAUCUGAUCCUGAAAGGAAUCGAUAUGAUAGACUUCGCCAAGCAUAAUGUCGGCAGGUCAGCGCAGAGUCUGAUAAAAAAAUUAUGUAGAGAUCUGCCAUCGGAAAGGUUGGGCUAUCAAAAGGGAGGUAUUAUGGACAUAAGGAAACACAAAUGGUUCCAGGGAUUUGACUGGGACGGCCUGAUUGCCCGAACUCUACCGUCGCCAGUUUAUCAACCAGUAAGGGGUCCGGCGGAUACCACCAACUUUGACUGCUUCGCCAAGGACAACGACAUUCCUCCCGACGAACUAUCAAAUUGGGACCAAGAUUUCUGACGUCACGAGAGGACAAACUUCCCCAUCCUUUAAGACUAGCGCAUUUUUGUAACUAGGAAAUGCGGAUCGAGUAUUAUUUAAGUAUACUACCCGUGUUGUAUAUGGAAGUCGUUAAACCAUAAAGCAAUAAAGUUAAAAAUUAAUUGAUUAAUUUAAAGUGUAUUUUUGAUAGACGUUUAUGCGUAAUGCUAGUUUAUCUUAACCAACCAAAUAAAGUUUAUAGUAAACUUUGAAUUUUAUUUUCUCUUGGGUCGCUCGGAGGGGUAAAAAAAAUAAGUCAAAAUGCAAUGUUGUCAAAACCCAACAACCAACACCCAAAUAACCUGACUAAUAUCGCAUAUAUCUACACUCUAGAAACCAUUGAACUUAGUUGCACAUAUUU